AUUAUGAAUAAUUCUGGAGAGGAAAUUUAACUACUAAAGAAAACAAUUAAUGAGAAAGAUCAACAGAUAAGCGAGCUUGAAAAAAAAUUGAGAUUAGAGUAAUUUAGGGGGAAAAAGCAAUAGACCGAAUUAAAUGCAAAAAUCGAAAAUGAGAAAUCCAUUGCUUAAAAUAAUGCAGAAUAAAUUAGUCGCUUCGAAACGCAAAUAAAAGAUCUUAAAUAAAAAGUAGAAAGAAAUUUAUAUUUUAAGUUGAGCGAAACCGAAAAAAGAAAUUUAUAGUUAAUUGAAGAUAUAGGUGCUUUGAAAAAAAGGAAAGCUUCAGGUUCAACAGAUGAAGAUUUUCAACCAAAGAAGGAAGAUCAAGGAGAGUUUCCUUCUCUUUAAUAAAUUUUAACAAUAAUAAAAACAAAUCAAGGUAAUUACUAACCUGAACUUACUAAAUUAUAUGAAUGCUAUACAGAAGCUUGUUAAAAUAAAGAUGAAUAAAUCAAUUCCCUAAAAGAAGAGAUCAAAGAUCUUACACAUUAAUUAGAUAGGAUAGUAUAUAUCUUAAUUAUAUGUAUUUUUAGUAAUCAGAAUAGAUUAAGUAAAUAGAACAAUAAGAGGAACGUAUUAGAUAAUUAAAAUAGAGUCUGGAUUAGAGAGAGAAUGAAUUAAAGAAUUCUUUACAAUAAACAAGUGAUAAUAGUGAUUAAAAGAUUUAAGAAUUAGAAAAAUAAUAUCAAACUUAAUUAAACGAAAUAAAUAAAUAAUUAUAAGAAACUACUAAAAAAGCCAAGUUUGACACUUUUAAAUUAAAUAAAUAACUAAAUGAACAUAAGAUAUUGAUUGAAAAUGAACAGGCAAAGACAAACUUGCUUCAAUAGCAAAUUUCUAGACAAGAGACUUAAGUGAAAGAAUUGGAAAAUAUGGUAAGUUGCUAUUCUAAUUAUUUUAAGCUCUCUGAACUUGAAUAAAAGAAUUUAUUGUUGAUUGAAGAAACUAAGCAAAAGUAAUAAGAAAUAGAACGAUUGAAUGAGGAAGGCUUAACUAAAUUGUCGAUUGAAGAAAACAGAUAAGAUAAGCCUCCAUAUUAAGAAUUGGUUGAUUAAAUUUUAAAGUUUUAAGCCAAUGAGAUUACUUAUUAAUAAGAAAUAAAAACGAUUGAAGAGGAGUUGCAUUUGAAGAAUACAUUUUAAUUCGAGUUAUAGGAAGAACUAAACUAAUAUAUUGAAAAAUUUUAGUUGCAAGAUAAGAAGGUAAUUUGAUUUGACAUAUUUGUAGUAUUAAGAUAGUUUGAAAUAAAUUAAAUCUUUAGAGGAAUCAUAAGUUAAUGAUAGACAAACCUUUUAAGAUUUAAGACAAUAUAUUGAACAAUUAAAAUAAGAAAAAGAACAUUAAUAAUCUGAAUUUUUACAAAAAAUAAAAGAAUUGAGUGAAUAAAAUACAAAUAUUGAUGAUGCUGUCUAAGAUGUGGAAUAAAAGUAUCAAAAAAUGAUGAUGAUUCAGGAAGAAUAAUACUAAAGAAGAGAAUAGGAAUUAAUCCAUUAAAUUGAAUAAAGUGAAGAAAAAUUAAGUUAACAAGAAGCACUCUUGAAAAAGUAAGAAUAAAAGUAUAAAAAUGAAAUUAAAUAAUUAGAGGAAAAUAAUAAUUUACAGAUUUAAUAAAAACAAAUAUAAAUAUCUUAAUUAUAAAAAUAACUUUAAGAUGAAUCACAUAAAAUUCGAGAAGAAGGUAAUAAAUAAAUCAAUGAAAUUAAAUAAGAAAAUUAUAAAAAAGAGAAAUAAUUUGAAUAAAAAAUUUCUGAGAUUACAAAAUAAUAUGAAGGGGAACUUAGUAAGAUUAGAAAGAUGGAAAUAGUACUAAAGAAGAAAGAAAGAGAAAUUACAGAAGAAAAAGAAGCUAAGAAAUUUGCUGAAGAAUAAUUAUAAAUAUUGACAGAAAAAAGUAAUAAAAUGAUUGAAUAAUAUGAUAACAAAAUCAGAGAAAUAUAGAUAGCAAAUUAAGUAAAUAAAUAGGAUCAGCAUCGACAUUCAAUAUUCGAUUAGAGAAUGUCAAUUUCAAGCUCAGAAAUUAAUAAGACAUUCGAAGUUGAAGUUUUAAAAGCUUAGAUAGAAUAGUUGUAAUCUAAAGGAGAUAUAGAAUUAUAAGCUGAAAUAAAUAGAUUAAAUGAAAGAGAAAGAGGAUUAAAAAAGGAAAUGGUAGAUUUAUAAAAUGAAGUAGGUAAUGAAAGACUCCAUUUUACAGCUGAUUAAAAAAAAUUAGAAUAAGAAAUUGAAAAUUUAAAUUAAGAAAUAAAUAAUCUUAAAUUAGAUCAUUAAAGUGAAUUAGAUUAAAUUAAUGAUUAAAAUAAUAGGAUAUUAUUAUAGCAGAAGAAUGAAUUAUAAAGUAAGAUUAAUAAAUUGGAAUUAAAAUUAGAGUAACAAGAAAAUUAAUUUAACAAAAAGUAAAAUGAAAUUGAAGAAGAAAAAGAAGGAAUUAUUCAUCAAUUAAAGGGUAUAAUAUUUUAAUAUAUUAUAAGGUAAGAUAAAAAUUUUUGAAGAGUAAAUAAUUGAAUUGAAAGAUAAAAAAAUCAUCAAGAAUCCUCCCUAAUAAACAAUAAUAUAAGACGAUACUUUAUAGUUAUAAUAGGAAAUAAAUACUUUGAAUGAAAAGGAGAGAGUAUUGAGGAAGGAGAUUUUAGAUUUAUAAAAUGAAUUAGGAAAUCUGAAAUUGAAUCAGACUAUAAAAAUGAGGGAAUUAGAAACUUAAAUAGAAUAAUAUAAAUAAGAAGCUAAUCAUGCUUAAUAAGAAUAAGAAUAUGCUGAGUAAUUGACAGCAAAAAUGAGUAUACAAUAUGCUGAUUUAGCAAUGGAAUAUGAAAAUGCAAUACUUCAAAAUAGAACUUAUAGAAAAUCGAUUUCUAAACUUAAGUAAUGAAUGAC